CCAAUACAAAAAAAAAAAAAAAAACAAAACAAACGAGAGAGAAACAGCACCCAACAACUAGGAGGGGGGAAGAAGAAAGCAAGCAAAGAAACCCACCCACCCAAGGAAAAAAAAAUCCUGUGGCGUGCCGCCUGGUUCCUGGGAAGACUCGCCAGCACCAGGGGGUGGGGGAGUGCGAGCUGAGAGCUGCUGGAGAGUGAGCAGCCCUAGCAGGGAUGGACAUGAUGCUGUUGGUGCAGGGUGCUUGUUGCUCGAACCAGUGGCUGGCGGCGGUGCUCCUCAGCCUGUGCUGCCUGCUGCCCUCCUGCCUCCCGGCUGGACAGAGUGUGGACUUCCCCUGGGCGGCCGUGGACAACAUGAUGGUCAGAAAAGGGGACACGGCGGUGCUUAGGUGUUAUUUGGAAGAUGGAGCUUCAAAGGGUGCCUGGCUGAACCGGUCAAGUAUUAUUUUUGCGGGAGGUGAUAAGUGGUCAGUGGAUCCGCGAGUUUCAAUUUCAACAUUGAAUAAGAGGGACUACAGCCUCCAGAUACAGAACGUAGAUGUGACAGAUGAUGGCCCAUACACGUGUUCUGUGCAGACUCAACACACGCCGAGAACAAUGCAGGUGCAUCUAACUGUGCAAGUUCCUCCGAAGAUAUAUGACAUCUCAAGUGAUAUGACCAUCAAUGAAGGAACCAAUGUCACUCUCACUUGUUUGGCCACUGGGAAACCAGAGCCUUCCAUUUCUUGGCGCCACAUCUCCCCAUCAGCAAAGCCAUUUGAAAACGGACAAUAUUUGGACAUUUAUGGAAUCACCCGGGACCAGGCUGGGGAAUAUGAAUGCAGUGCAGAAAAUGAUGUGUCAUUCCCAGAUGUGAAAAAAGUGAAAGUUGUCGUAAACUUUGCUCCUACGAUUCAGGAAAUUAAAUCUGGCACUGUGACCCCCGGACGCAGUGGAUUGAUAAGAUGUGAAGGUGCAGGUGUGCCGCCUCCAGCCUUUGAAUGGUACAAAGGAGAGAAGAAACUCUUCAAUGGUCAACAAGGAAUUAUUAUUCAGAAUUUUAGCACAAGAUCCAUUCUCACUGUUACCAAUGUGACACAGGAGCACUUCGGCAACUAUACUUGCGUGGCCGCCAACAAGCUGGGCACUACUAAUGCGAGCCUGCCUCUUAAUCCUCCAAGUACAGCCCAGUAUGGAAUUACCGGAAGUGCUGAUGCUAUUCUCUCCUGCUGGUACCUUGUGUUGACACUGUCUUCUUUCACCAGCAUAUUCUACCUGAAGAAUGCCAUUCUACAAUAAAUUUAAAGACCAUAAAAGGCUUUUAAGGAUUCUCUGAAAGUGCUGAUGGCUGGAUCCAAUCUGGUACAGUUUGUUAAAAGCAGCGUGGGAUAUAAUCAGCAGUGCUUACAUGGGGAUGAUCGCCUAUGUGGAAUUGGUCAUUAUGUAAAUACUUUAAUUCUACUCUUUUUUGAUUAGCUACAUUACCUUGUGAAGCAGUACACAUUGUCCUUUUUUUUUUUUUUGAAGACGUGAAAGCUCUGAAAUUACUUUUAGAGGAUAUUAAUUGUGAUUUCAUGUUUGUAAUCUACGACUUUUCAAAAGCAUUCAGUCAUGGUCUGCUAGGUUGCAGGCUGUAGUUUACAAAAACGAAUAUUGCAGUGAAUAUGUGAUUCUUUAAAGCUGCAAUACAAGCAUUCAGUUCCCUGUUUCAGUAAGAAUCACUCCACAUUUACAAAGAUGCACUUUUUUUUCCUUUUUGAUAAAAAAGCAAAUAAUAAUGCCUUCAAAUCAUUUCUUCAAAAUAUAACACAUAUCUAGAUUUUUCUGCUCGCAUGAUAUUCAGGUUUCAGGAAUGAGCCUUGUACUAUAACUGGCUGUGCAGCUCUGCUUCUCUUUCCUGUCAGUUCAGCAUGGGUGUGCCUUCAUAAAGUAACAUUUUCUCUGUUUUGCUAAACAUUACAAUUUGAAAUCAAAAAUAAACUGCAGUGACAAAGUGAAAUGAUACUUCUAAAGAAGGAAGGCACUUGGGACCUUUAAAUCUCUUCCUUCAUGAUCAGUCAUGUUUAAGAUUUUCCUCCAGUUUUUGUAAUGAAAAAAACAGCAUAAUAACGUGGUACACUAAACAUAUCAAAUGAUUAGUUGCAGAUAAAUAUUAAAUCUAUUGUGGACAAUAAUUCAUUAAAAUGACAGCACAGUCCACUCAAGGAAUUGCAUAGCAAUACAGCAUCUUUCUUUUCACUACUCUGAGCCAAAAUUUAAGCUGGUUUGUCAAAAAAUGCCCAAAGUUCUAUUACCUAUUAUAACAUAAGUUGAAAAGCACUCAAAAUUAAUGUGAUUCUGUGUGAAUGUUACAGAGAUAGUGCUCCUGUACACUAGAACAUUUUGCAUAUUUUCUCUCUGAAAACAUCAUUUAGUUGAUAGUCUGAAAUCCAGGUUAUAUUUGCAAAAUACCACCUAAAAAAUUUUCUAUAUUGAAAUGCAGCAGAUCAAUCCUUAAAAUAUCCAACUCUUCAACAAAAUCUUCAUAGCCGUUUUAGCCUAGAAAUGUGAGAUUUUCCCCAAAUCACCAUGCUUUGCUUCAUCUUAACAUGAGAUAAAUAAUAUGUGACAAAAUGAGUAUAAGAUGUUGGUGAUGAGGACAUUUCAAGAUAAAAUAAGUAUUAAAAUGCUAUGAGUAUUAAGUUAUCUCAAUUAUAAAGAAUGAAAAUUACACUUUUGAAUGAAAAUAUUGUCACUCUAAUUAUUAGCUUACUGGAAUAGUUUGAUGGCUUUAUUCUUUCCUAAAGAGAGACCAGAGUCUUGAAAUCCAUUUCACAGGCUUGAUGAAGUGAUAAGGAUUGGUACACUUAAACUUCUACCAGUGCUCCCCUUCUGAAAGUCAUAGCAAUGAUAUUACUAAUAAAAUUCAAGUUGAUAAAUUUUACAAAGAUUGGAUAUAUUUAAGAAAUUCAUUUUGCCCCAGAAGGCAUGAUUUGAAAAUUGCAACUUUUUUUCAGGUAAAAUUUAGACCCAAAGUAUGCCAUAAAUCUAUUUUAAUUAGAAAAUAUGAAUCUUAAAUGAAGGGAUAUAAAUAUUCAGUCUUCCCACAAAAUGGCAAUAAGAUUAAUAUGAUGCAAUUAAAUAUACUGUGUGUAAUGAGUUUCUGACAUUUUGAAUGACAUGUUAAAUGGGUUUUUUAAACAAAUAUGUCAUCUAAAAUUAUUAUUUAUUUGCUUUUUAAAAUGUCCUCUAUGAACUUGGUGUGUAAACUACAAAAUAUUUUAUGUUUUGUAUUGCAGCUUUAAAGUGGCACACUCCAUAAUAAUCUACUUACUAGAAAUAGUGGUGCUACCACAAAAGUGUUAACCAUCUGUACCAUUGUUUGGGAGAAGGAAACAGAUCAAGAAUGCAUAUUAUACAGUGACCUUUUUCCUAGAGUUAAAAAUACCUCCUCUUUGUAAGGUUUGUAGGGUAAAUGUGAGGUAAACUGAGGUAUAAACUAUGGAUGAACCAAAUAAUUAGUUCAAAGUGUUGUCAUGAUUCCGAAUUUGUGGAGUCUGGUGUUUUUCCCAUAGAAUGUGACAGAAGUACAGUCAUAGCUCAGUAGCUAUAUGUAUUUGCCUUUAUGUUAGAAGAGGAUUUUCUCAAGUGACAUUUUUAAUAGAGGAGGUAUUCACUAUGUUUUCCUGUAUCACAGCAGCAUUCCUAGUCCUUAGGCCCCUGGACAGUGACAUCAUGAGUAUUUAUGAGUUCAAUAUUGUUCAAAUAAGGCUACAGUAUUUGCUUUUUUGUGUGAAUGUAUUGCAUAUAAUGUUCAAGUAGGUGAUUUUGCAUUUAUGGACAUAAGAAAUGUCUAAUUAUUCCAUUUUAUGAGUCCUGACUGUACAAGAUUGUUGCAAUUUCAGAAUACCAGUUUUAUAAACUUGAUUUAUCUCUUUAUGUCUAAAUUUUUUUUUGCUUUUCAUUUCUAAAUUGUACUUUACACAAGUUCCAUUUGUGGAACUCCUUUGAUUGCCCCUAAUUUUCUUUACACAGAGGAAGACAGAAAAACAAAGAACAGUAGAAAAAGAGCAGAAAGAGAAAAGAGAAAGAAAUGCAAAGAGAGAAAGAAAAAAGGAAGGAAGAUAGGAACGAAAGAAAGGAGAAAGAAGGAAGAAAAGAGGAAAGGUGGUAAAAAAAAUAAGAGGAAGUGAAAAAUCAGAAUAUUGGGGUAGUUAACUUAUUCAUUUGCAUUCUUAAGUUAAUUGCAAAUGGUCUAAUUCUGUUUUACAAUGAACAAUCUCAUUUGAAACAUAAGUCCUGUUAUACCAUUAAAUUCAUAUUAUGCAGCAAUUAUAGAAAAAGUACUGCCCCAUAAUCAUUUUGUGUUUUAAAUGCCCUAAAACAUUUGAGAGAGAGAAUUUCAAACUUAAAACCAUUUUCAGGGGUUAGUUACGUUUAACUGAAAAAUUGAUUAUUCAUCAUAACAUUUAAACUAUAUCUAGAAAGUAGACUGGAGAACUGAGGAAAUUAUCCAGGUAAUUUCUGAAGAAAAUAUAUUUGUAAGUACCCCUAUGCGUGAAGUCAGAAAACUAACAAGCUGAAUUAUCAAAGCCAAACAUUUACAUUGAAUAAAUUUAUUGCAUAUUUGUUAAUUUAUUCAUGUGUUUAGCUUUGUGACACAGCCAAAAGUUACCUAUUUAAUCUUUUCAAUAAAAAUUGUUUUUUGAAAUCCAGAAAUGAUUUAAAACAAGGUCAGGUUUUUAACUAUUUAUUGAAGUAUGUGGAUGUACAGUAUUUCAAUAGAUAUGAAUAUGAAUAAAUGGUAUGCCUUAAGAUCCUUUGAAUAUGUAUUUACUUUAAAGACUGGAAAAGCUCUUCCUGUCUUUUAGUAAAACAUCCAUAUUUCAUAAUCUGAUGUAAAAUAUGUUGUACUGUUUCCAAUAGGUGAAUAUA